AUGAUUUCUAAUCAUAACUUGAAUGAUCAAGCAGGAGGAGGUGCCAAUUGCAAGAAAGCUAUCGCUACAAGAUCUCUCAACAAUAUACAAACAAGGAAAAAACUUACAAGAAAGCGUACCACGAGAUACAAUCUAAAAAAAAUUGUACCGCCAAGGGAAAAAGUCGUUAAAAGUUCUAAUAAGCCAUUCACGAAACGACCAAAGAUAAAAGUAGAGGAUGGAAUUAAAAGAGGACCUGGCAGACCAAGAAAAAUACAACUGACAAACAGCAUUCAAACUAAUCAAGGUUAUACCUCGAAAGCACCGAACACAUCCAAAGUGUCAAUCAAUCAUAAUAACCUAGGCAAUAAUUCCAAUGGUUUGAUCUAUAAUACGAACAAAAGAAAAAGAGGUAGGCCAAAGGGAUCCAAAAAUAAGUCCAGAAUUAUCUAUUCAAUACCAACCUAUAAAGAGAACAAACUGUCCUAUCCACUUAUGGAUAAACCAAUACGCUUAAAUAUUCCAAAGGAAAAAUCGAUGUAUAUCUUAGCUGAAAUUAAUCGAAAGAUACAAUCACAAAACGCUCCUUGGAAGAUAUAA